AUACAUUCCACAUUCGCAUUGAUGCAUUCCAAUUCCCAAAACCCUUUUGAAAUUUCUCCAUAAACCCCAUUCUCAGACCUCAUUAAAGAAAUCUCGUUUUUUUUCUUUCUUUGGGUGAAACAUUCUGUAGUCUCUGUUCCAGUUCACUUUCACCAUUUGAAGAGAGAGAAAAAUGGUGCACUUCAUUGCACGAAGAUCAAGUUUACAAUCUUUAAUCCUCCGCCAAAACCUUAACCUCACUUCUUUACUUUUCUCUUCCAAAUCUCAACCCCAAAAUACCAACAAUUUCCCGCCAAACCAUCCUAAAUCAUGUUAUAUGAGCUUCCAAGAUUCAAUAUUAGGUCUUAGGAAUUUGAUUUCUCGGCUAAAUUAUUCUGGGUAUCCUAUAAAUUUGCAUAAAAAUGCGAAAUUUUCAAGUGGGUAUAAUCAAGGAAUCGUUUUUGCAAGUGGGGUUCGAUUUUUUAGUUCUGAAGCUGCAGAACCUUCAACUUCUGAUGGACUAACUGUUGAAGGAAUUGUGUCGAAUCAUUGGACAAUACUUGAUGAGAGUGAAGAUGAUUGGAAGAGUCAUGCUUCUGCUGUUGCUCAGUCUAUUCAUCUUAUUAAAAAGCGUUUGCAGUGGAAAAAAUUGCUGGUGCGUUUGGACUUGUUAUCGGCUGAGCUGAACAAACCAAAUCUGUGGGAUGAUCCUGUUCAUGCCGGAAAGAUAAGUCGUGAGUAUGGCUCACUAAUGGGUAAAAUGAAAGAGGUAUUGGAUUUUGAGCAGGAGUUGAUUGAGCAUAUCGAUAUGCUGAAGCUUGCUCGAGAAGAGAAUGAUUCAGAGUUGGAAUCGGAAACAUUGAAAGCCUUACUUAAAAUGAGAAGGGAUUCAAAGGAGAAAGAACUGGAUGCUAUGUUGGCUGGAGAACAUGAUUCUUCUUCUUGUUUCAUUGAGGUUCAAGCUGGAGCUGGUGGCACAGAGAGCAAUGACUGGGCAUCCAUGGUCAUGGAAAUGUACAAAUCGUGGGCACAACGGCGUGGAUAUAAAGUUAGUGUUGUAGAUGAAAUGCCUGGUGAAAUUGCAGGGAUCAAGCGGGCAACAAUCAAAGUCGAUGGUGAAUAUGCAUAUGGGUAUGCAAAAGCAGAAAUAGGGGUACACAGAUUGGUUCGUAUUUCACCGUUUGAUAGUGCAAAGCGCAGACAUACAUCAUUUGCUGCUGUAGCAGUGAUUCCGAUCCUCAAAGAUGUAUCCACACGUGUUCAAAUCAAAGAAGCGGAUCUCCGCAUUGAUCGUUAUCGUGCUGGGGGUGCUGGUGGCCAGUCUGUUAACACCACAGAUAGUGCUGUGAGGAUAACUCAUAUCCCUACUGGGAUGGUCGUUACUUGUCAAAAUGAAAGGUCACAACAUCAAAAUAAGGCUUCAGCAAUGGCUGUUCUCCAAUCUCGGUUAGACCAGCUUGAGAUAGCUCGCCAGGCUCUAAUGAAUUCUCAGCAUACAGAAUCGCUCACAGAGAUCAGUUGGGGAAACCAGAUAAGAACUUAUGUUCUUCAGCCCUAUCGAAUGGUGAAGGAUCUUCGUACAAAUUUUGAGGUUUCAGAUCCUGAUUCUGUCCUGGAUGGUGACCUUGAUGGAUUCAUAUUCAGCUUUUUGUCUGCUUCAUUAGAUAAAAAUGAUGAUAAUUUGUGAUUUAGAGACUCUGACUGCCAUUCCUAUUCUCCCGAGGCUCUUUUGCAACGCCCGACAUACAGUUUAUGCGUGGAGACUGGAAAUUCAACCUCCCCCAUCUUCAGUGGAAACACAAAAGUAUGGGAUAAGGGCAAUAAUGCUCAAUUUCAUUGACUGAAUUUAACAAAUAAAUUUUGAUUAUGCAAAGGUUGGCUAUUAUAUUGUUCUAGAAUCGUCUUUAUAUAGACUUGUAAUUACUAAAAGUAUAGUGCAUUUUUUCAUUAAACUGUUCUUUUUCAA